ACUUCUGAGUCUGACUCCUCCCAGUGACUCCUUCCCUUUUUAUCCCUUUGUUGAGUAGCUUCCCCUCUAAUGGCUUUUGCUGUGGAAACAGCACCUCCGAACUCCUGCCCGAGACAGCACUCCCCAGCAUGAGGGCUGCCCUGCUCCCCGUGGCCAGGGUAACAAAUCUUUGCCUUAGCUGCUUGCUUCUGCUCUCCUGGGUAGGCCGAGGUGCGGUAGCUAAGGAGCUGAAGUUGGUGACGUUGGUAUUUAGGCAUGGAGACCGAAGUCCCAUUGAAACCUUUCCUAACGACGCCAUUAAGGAAUCCUCAUGGCCACAAGGAUUUGGCCAACUCACUCAGCUGGGCAUGGAACAGCAUUAUGAACUUGGACAGUAUAUAAGGAAAAGAUAUAGAAAAUUUUUGAAUGAGUCCUACAAACGUGAACAGGUUUAUAUUCAAAGUACGGACAUUGAUCGGACUUUGAUGAGUGCUAUGACAAACCUUGCAGGCCUAUUUCCCCCAGAGGGUAUCAGCGUCUGGAAUCCCAGUCUACCCUGGCAGCCCAUCCCAGUGCACACACUCUCUCUUUCUGAAGAUCGGUUGCUAUACCUGCCUUUCCAGGACUGCCCUCAUUUUACAGAACUUAAGGAGGAGACUCUCAAAUCGACGGAAUUCCAGAAGAGGUUGCAUCCUUACAAGGAUUUUAUAGAAACCUUGCCAACAUUUACAGGAUACCAUACCCAGGACCUUUUUGGAAUGUGGACUAAAGUCUAUGACCCUUUAUUUUGUGAGAGUGUUCACAAUUUCACUUUACCCUCCUGGGCCACAGAGGACACCAUGACUAAGCUGAAAGAAUUAUCAGAGUUGUCCAUCCUGUCCCUCUAUGGAAUUCACAAGCAGAAAGAGAAAUCUAGACUGCAGGGGGGUGUCCUGGUCAGUGAGAUCCUCAAUCACAUGAAGAGUGCAACUCAGCCAUCAAACCGCAGAAAACUUGUCAUGUACUCUGCACAUGACACUACCGUGAGUGGCCUACAGAUGGCACUAGAUGUUUACAAUGGACUCCUUCCUCCCUAUGCUUCCUGCCACAUAAUGGAAUUGUAUCUUGAGAAGGGGGAGUACUUCGUAGAGAUGUACUACCGGAAUGAGACCCAGCAUGAACCAUACCCCCUCACAUUGCCAGGCUGCACUCCCAGCUGUUCUCUGACGGAGUUUGCUGAGCUGGUUGCCCCUGUGAUCCCCCAAGACUGGUCCACGGAGUGUAUGCCCACCAGCAAUGACCAAGUUCUAAGGGUCACCCUUGCCGUUGCCUUUUGCCUGGUGUCUGGUGUCCUAGUGAUGCUGCUGUUUACCCUCCUCCGCCACGGGCCCUGCUGGCACAGGGACCCCUAUCGGAACAUCUGAAUAGAUGGCUGGCUAAGGGCGGACACACCGGACCAUCCUCCUGGGACACAGCAUCUCUCAGUGAUGCCUCAUUCGAAGGACAGGCUUUCACCAUGUGGACAUCACCCUCCCCACACCCUUCCUUUCGAGCCUCUCUAGAGCAGGGUCUGAGCUCACAGGGACUGAAGAAUGAACCCCAGGUUACCUGGUUAGGUCUCCUGAUGGUUACACUCUUCAUUGUAGUGCAGGCUUCUCAUUCUCGGCUAGAAGGAGGCUCUUCUGCAAAGGAUAGUUACACUCUCUGGCAUGGAUGUCUAGAAAGAAAGAAGAAAUCGAACUCCAAUCAGCUUUUUUCCUGCAAAGAGCAAAAGCUUACAAUGUGUGACAAAGACAUAGAUUAAAGAAGACUGGAAAAUGAGGACAAUUAAACUAGAAGUAGUAUCAUGUAGGAUGAUUCUUAAGAAGUAAGACCCAAUUAGAAGGUAUAAAUAAAUCAUUUCCUUAGCUGUUAAGUAGAUUUAAUACAAACAUGUACACGCUCCUGAAAAGAAACUCCUACCCAGUGUUUGGUAGCUAACAGAUUUCUGUAUGUGCGUAUAUGUGCUAAGACACAUACAUGCACAUAGCUGUAUUGAAACUGCCUUAGAGAGAGGUAUUUCAUUCUCAGAACCUGUAAUAUCAACUACUGUAAUGGUAGCUCGGGUCAUUUUCCCCACAACUUCUAUAAUGGGAAAUAACUAGAAAUUCCAGGCAGCCACGUUUCUUCUUUUUUACCUCUACCAUCAUCAGACCUAGAUACUUUUAUAGUUCCGAUUUCUUUAUUUUAUCUUAAAAGUAAGAGAUUUACUUUGAUGAGAACUCUUCAUGGCCAUGAUGAAAUAAUAAUGUAUUUGAUCACCACAAAUAGAUCUGAAUUUCUCAAGUGACAAACUAGAAAGAAAAGUGAGCUGAAGGUUGAUGACACCCUGCCUCAGCUCUGCCCUGGCUUCAGACCAACAACUUGGAACAAGCUAUUUUAAGUCUUAAACCAUGGUUUCAUAAUCUAAAAAUGAAGAGUCUGGACUAGAUGAACAUAGAAGUCACAUCUAGUUCUCAUGUUUGGUGAACACCUGUUCAUUUCAUGCUAUGGACUGGUCAUUGUCCAAGCAAGCACUUUCAUAAAUGAUACCAUUGCAUUUAGCCUGAAAUGUAUUCUAAACAAUCUUAUCCCAUGCUGAGCCUUUAACCAUCCAGUUGGUGGGAAAUUCAGUCUCAUUCAUUGGUAAGGUUCUUCACCUUCUCAGGUAUUACUAAAGGUCCCAGAACGUAAUUGGUGGGAAGAGUUGGAUAAGGGUCGAGUCUAGGCUGCUGUCCACACUGGUCUCCAGUAAACACACUGUCCAUUCCCACAUGGUCUCCUGAAGGUAGGCAGAGGACAUCUGUGCAUGGCUUCCAAGGCCACACACUUGGACUUCACCAUCCUGACAUUGUCCAGUCCCCUUCCUGGGGUGAUGCCUAUAAACCAGAAACCCUCCUAGAACCCUGCCCCAUCUCUUAGUCUCAGGUAUCUUCCUCUCCCCUUGGAUUCCACAGCUUUCUCCUGUAAACUUAAAGCACUUACCUCUAUCACUUUCUAUAUAAUUCUCCCUGAGCCAAGGCUAUUGCAAAAAAAAAAAAAAAAAAAAA